AUGUUCAACAACGCCAUCCUCUCCAUUGUUGCCGGCGCGGCCACCGUGUCUGCCCACGGCUUCGUGUCCAACGUUGUGAUCAACGGUGUCAAGUACGCCGGUUACGACGUGACCGUCAACCCGUACGAGUCCUCGCCGCCGACCGUCAUCGGCUGGUCCACCACGGCCACCGAUCUGGGCUACGUCGCCCCGGAUGCCUACGCCAGCUCCGACAUCAUCUGCCACCGUGGCGCCGAGAACGCGCUGGGCCACGCCCAGGUCGCUGCCGGCGACGACGUCUUCCUGCAGUGGAACACCUGGCCCGAGUCCCACCAUGGCCCCGUGCUGAGCUACCUGGCAGCCUGCGGUGACACCGGCUGCGAGACCGUCGAGAAGACCUCGCUCGAGUUCUUCAAGAUCGACGAGAAGGGCCUCAUCGACGGCACCGCCGCGCCGGGCACCUACGCCACCGACCAGAUGAUGGAUAACUCGGACGGCUGGAUGGUCCACAUCCCCACCUCCAUCGCCCCGGGCUUUUAUGUGCUCCGCCACGAGAUCAUUGCUCUGCACAGCGCCGGCAACUCCGACGGCGCCCAGAACUACCCCCAGUGCUUCAACCUCGAGGUCACCGGCAGCGGCACCGACCAGCCCGCCGGUGUCAAGGGCACCGCGCUCUACAGCGAGACCGACGCCGGCAUCCUCGUCAACAUCUACGCCACCACCAGCACCUACGCCAUCCCGGGCCCGACCAUGUACUCGGGUGCCAGCGAGAUCGCCACCCAGACCACUUCGGCCAUCACUGCUACCAGCAGCGCCACCACCGGCACUGGUCUCGCUUCCGCGGCUGCUACCAAGGCUGCCACCUCCUCGGCUGCCGUUGCCGCUGCUGCUGCCGCCACCACCUCCAAGGCGUCCAGCCCGGCUGCUGCCACAACCCUCUCGACCGCUGUCGUCGCUGCGUCCGCCUCCACCGUCGCUGCUGCUGCUCCCACUGUUGCCACGGCUGCUACCUCCUCCGCUGCGGCUGUGCUGACUGCGGCUGCCACCACGGCCCUGUCUGCUUGCCCGGCUCCCACCACACGGACCGUCUACGUCACCGUCUAA